GUACAGUUUAGUACUACCUUGUUCGAAUUAAACAGUAUAUAAUAAUAGUAAAAUAUGAUGAAUAUUAAAAUUAUUCUUUUGCUUAGUUUGGCAGCAUACGUGGCGUGUGGUGGCGGCGAUAAACCUCUACUAGGAGACGGUAUUACAGCAGUAGAGUUUUCGGAUGAUGAUGACAGCGAGUUCUGCUUAGCCCAGGCAGGUGAACCGAGUGAACCAUUGAACGAAGAUAGUGUAGAACAGCAGACCCCUAUGAAAUCACAAGAACCGAUUAAAUCAAACACUCAAGAACAAGAAGUUGGUGUCAGUGGAUUGGACUCAUCCAGGUCUAACACGACAAACGUCCAGACGGCUAUUAACUAUGGUCAUCCAGGAAGUGUGCAGAUUAAUAACAGUGGAUAUAUUUAUGGACCAAUAUAUUAUAACAUAAAAGGUUUGCCCGUGGCCACUCAGGGGGAUACACUGUUUGUCGAUGGCAAAGAAGUCCAAGGAGUUAAUGCUACGGAGAGGCCGUUAGUGAUAGAAUGGGAUGUUGGUAAACUCAAGGUCAACGGGAUAUCAAAAACGGGUUUCGAGGGAAUACAAGGAUCAGGAAUCUGGGAAUUUUGACCGUUCACGAAGCUAUAAAUCUACAAUAUAAAAUACAAAUUCAAUGUAUCAAAAUUCAAAAAUUACAAGCUGAUUAUGUAAAAAAAUAAUUUAUAAUUAUAGUUUUAUUAAAAAAACAUAAAAAUAAAAGAAUAUUUUAAAUAUCGUA